AUGGAAUCUGGGAGAAGGGGAUGGAAUCUGGGAGAAGGGAUUGAAUCUGGGAGAAGGGGAUGGAAUCUGGGAGAAGGGGAUGGAAUCUGGGAGAAGGGGAUGGAAUCUGGGAGAAGGGGAUGGAAUCUGGGGAGAAGGGGAUGGAAUCUGGGAGAAGGGAUGGAAUCUGGGAGAAGGGGAUGGAAUCUGGGAGAAGGGGAUGGAAUCUGGGAGAAGGGAUGGAAUCUGGGAGAAGGGGAUGGAAUCUGGGAGAAGGGGAUGGAAUCUGGGAGAAGGGGAUGGAAUCUGGAGAAAGGGGAUGGAAUCUGGAGAAGGGGAUGGAAUCUGGGAGAAGGGGAUGGAAUCUGGAGAAGGGGAUGGAAUCUGGGAGAAGGGGAUGGAAUCUGGGAGAAGGGGAUGGAAUUUGGGAGAAGGGGAUGGAAUCUGGGAGAAGGGGAUGGAAUCUGGAAGAAGGGGAUGAAUCUGGGAGAAGGGAUGGAAAUGGGAGAAGGGGAUGGAAUCUGGGAGAAGGGGAUGGAAUCUGGGAGAAGGGGAUGGAAUCUGGAGAAGGGAUGGAAUCUGGGAGAAGGGGAUGGAAUCUGGGAGAAGGGAUGGAAUCUGGGAGAAGGGGAUGGAAUCUGGAAGAAGGGGAUGGAAUCUGGGGAGAAGGGGAUGGAAUCUGGGAGAAGGGGAUGGAAUCUGGGAGAAGGGGAUGGAAUCAGGAGAAGGGGAUGGAAUCUGGGAGAAGGGGAUGGAAUCUGGGAGAGAGGGAUGGAAUCUGGGAGAAGGGAUGGAAUCUGGAGAAGGGGAUGGAAUCUGGGAGAAGGGGAUGGAAUCUGGGAGAAGGGGAUGGAAUCUGGGAGAAGGGGAUGGAAUCUGGGGAUGGAAUCUGGGAGAAGGGGAUGGAAUCUGGGAGAAGGGGAUGGAAUCUGGGAGAAGGGGAUGGAAUCUGGGAGAAGGGGAUGGAAUCAGGAGAAGGGGAUGAAUCUGGGAGAAGGGGAUGGAAUCUGGGAGAAGGGGAUGGAAUCUGGGAAGGGGAUGGAAUCUGGGAGAAGGGGAUGGAAUCUGGGAGAAGGGGGAUGGAAUCUGGGAGAAGGGGAUGAAUCUGGGAGAAGGGGAUGGAAUCUGGGAGAAGGGGAUGGAAUCUGGGAGAAGGGGAUGGAAUCUGGAGAAGGGGAUGGAAUCUGGGAGAAGGGGAUGGAAUCUGGGAGAAGGGGAUGGAAUCUGGGGAGAAGGGGAUGGGUGAGGAAUCGGGAGAAGGGGAUGGAAUCUGGGAGAAGGGGAUGGAAUCUGGGAGAAGGGGUGGAAUCUGGAGAAUGUGAUGGAAUCUGGGAAAGGGAUGGAAUCUGGGAGAAGGGGAUGGAUUGGGGAAAGGGGAUGGAAUCGGGGAAAGGGGAUGGAAGGGAGAAGGGGAUGGAAUCUGGGAGAAGGGGAUGGAAUCUGGGAGAAGGUGAUGAAUCUGGGAGAAGGGGAUGGAAUCUGGGAGAAGGGGAUGGAAUCUGGGAGAAGGGGAUGGAAUCUGGAGAAGGGGAUGGAAUCUGGGAGAAGGGGAUGGAAUCUGGGAGAAGGGGAUGGAAUCUGGAGAAGGGAUGGAAUCUGGGAGAAGGGGAUGGAAUCUGGGAGAAGGGAUGGAAUCUGGAGAGGGGAGGAAAUCUAGGAGAAGGGGAUGGAAUCUGGGAGAAGGGGAUGGAAUCUGGGAGAAGGGGAUGGAAUCUGGGAGAAGGGGAUGGAAUCUGGGAGAAGGGGAUGGAAUAUGGGAGAGGGGGAUGGAAAAUCUGGAAGAAGGGGAUCUGGGGGAGAAGGGGAUGGAAUCUGGGAGAAGGGGAUGGAAUCUGGGAGAAUGGGAUGGAAUGGGGAGAAGGGGAUGGAAUCUGGGAGAAGGGAUGGAAUCUGGAGAAAGGAUGGAAUCUGGGAGAAGGGGAUGGAAUCUGGGAGAAGGGGAUGGAAUCUGGGAAAGGGGAUGGAAUCUGGGAGAAGGGGAUGGAAUCUGGGAGAAGGGAUGGAAUCAGGGAGAAGGGGAUGGAAUCUGGGAGAAGGGGAUGGAAUCUGGGAUAA